AUGUCUUCGUCCGAUGUGCAACGUCCUCUGUGGGGGCAUGCCAUCCAAGACUCUGACAGUGCUCGACUGGAGAGUUUGAACGAGGCAUUGAGCACGCAAAAGUAUUUGGCCGGGUUUCACGGCGAUACACUCAUUGGGAAUAAAGUUGUUUCUAAGGUCGGGCUUUUGGACGACCUAAAGAGCAUCCUGGAGCUCAAGAACGUACCCAGCAUUGUGGCAGUCUUGGUCAACUAUCUCAAAGAACGUCGCCUCGACAUCAAAGCUGGUGCAUCGUUGCUGGCAGCCGUGUCGAACAACAGUGUAGCCAGGGCCGAUAUCAUCGAAAAGCAGGUCAAGAUCAAGUACGACCGCAUGCUGCACCCACCCUUGAGUUACUUGGGCGAUGCUUUUAAGUACCGGACCGCCGAUGGCAAGUUCAACAGCGCCAUCAACCCACACCUCGGCCAAGCCGGAGCUCCUUACGCCAAAACCGUACCUGCGAAGACUCAUCCCCUCGGAGCCUUGCCAGAUCCAGGAGACCUUUUCGACCAAUUAAUGGCAAGAGAGGAAAAUGGCCGUCCAAGUCAAUCAGGCUUGUCCAGCAUGCUCAUAUACCAUGCCACCAUCAUCAUCCACGAUCUCUUCCGCACCAAUGACAACGACAAGAACAUUUCUGAUACGUCGUCAUACCUCGAUCUGUCGCCACUGUACGGCUUCACAGAGGAGAUGCAGCGCAAGGUUCGUGACGAAACGUAUGGCCUUGGUUUGCUCAAGCCAGACACCUUUGCAGAGGACCGACUGCUUCGUCAACCGCCGGGAGUCUGUAUUAUGCUGGUCAUGUACAACCGGUACCACAACUACGCAGCAACACAACUUCGGCGCAUCAACGAAAACGGCCGCUUUUCAGUCCCCAGAGAAUACCGGGAGGCCAAGUUCAUCGCAGCAGCGAAAUACUUUGACAAAGAUAGGCUGUUGGAGAACAUCGACAACCAGGAAAUCCUGAAGAGAUUCAUAGAUGCCAACAAGGUAUUUGAGAGCAACGGUCGGAUUCGCACCAAGGAGUACCAAGAUGCGGAGAAUGCCCUCGAUGUCUUCAUCAAUAAGGUCCAGCCAGACGAAAAGCAAGUCCAAGCCUUCAAGGACAGCUACGACGCAGCCUGGAAGAAGCUGGACGACGACCUUUUCCACACCGCUCGACUAAUCACAUGCGGCCUUUACAUCCAGGUCUCCGUUCACGACUACCUCAGGGCAUUGAUGGGCUUCCACCAGUACGACACGAACUUCACCCUUGAUCCGAGAGUGAAUCAAUCGGAGGCCAAGGAGGUAUCGCGGGGCCUGGGCAACCAGGUAACGGUUGAGUUCAACCUGCUCUAUCGGUUCCACUGCGCCAUCUCGCGGGGCGACGAGGAAUACCUUGAGAACUAUCUGGAGGAGUACUUUGAGAAGCAUUCCAGGUCGGACUGGAACCCAAAGGAAAUGGGAUUACAGGAGUUCCUCAUGGAGAUGGGCCAGGCGCGGGAGCGGAGAAAGAAUGAUCCUCCCGUCAAACCUUGUGAUAUUGAGUUUGGACUCAAAAACAAGGACGAAGACGAAGCCAGGAAGAAGAUGGCCUUCAAGCGUGACCCCAUCACCAAGCUCUUCAAUGAUGAGCAAAUGGUAGAACACCUCACCAAGGUGAUGGACGAGCCAAUCUCGAAUUUCGGCCCCAGGAACGUACCUCGAUCUCUGAAAGCCGUCGAGGUCAUGGGUAUCCUCCAGGCGCGCAAGUGGGGAGUUGGAACGCUGAACGACUUCCGUGAGUUUUUCGGGAUGAAGCGUCACACAACGUUUGAGAGUGUCUCAGGCUGUGUUGAGGUUCAGAAUGCACUUCGGGACCUUUAUGAGCACCCAGACAAGAUCGAGUUUUAUCCUGGUGUCUUUUGCGAGUCGGACGCGAGCCAAAGUGCAGAUCCAGGGCCAAGUGACGUUGAUUCGGCGUUAUGGGCCGCCAUCUUCUCCGAUGCUAUCACUCUCGUGCGGUCGGAUCGGUUUUACACCCUUGAUUGGAACACGAACUCGCUCACCUCCUGGGGUAUGAAGGAGGUAACCCCAGAUAACGAUGUGCUCAAGAGCUCUGUAUUCCAUCGACUUCUGCAACGAUCGUUCCCGGAGUGGUUCCCCAGCACGUCGGUCCGCUUCUUCCAUCCCUUCUACACAGCCCAGAAGAAUGCCGAGUACGCAACGGCGCAGGGCUACGACAAAGACUUUGCCAUCAAACCUACUGUGGAGAAGUCUGAACGGAACUGGUCCGGACCAGCAACGGUCACGCAGACGUUCGACACUUCAGCCUCAAAUCCUCGCAAGCCUGUCCAGCCCAAAAUUCUCACUGAUCCUCGUCAAAUCAUGGAAGUCCUCAACGAUACAGACAACAUUGUUCAUCCAGUCCGUCUGGAGCCCGAGAUUCUCCCCGCCAAGGUCGCCGAGGUUCUGGCUGUGCGCGAACAAGAAGACACGGCCGAUGGUAGAAAGUCACAUGGCGAACACCGGAAAGAGAUUGAUACUGAUACCGACGACUUGAUGACAUACUUCACCGACCUCAUGAGAGAUAUCAUCAGGCGUGAAUCUGUCGUGAUGAAACCGGGACAAAGAAAUUCGGAAGUCGAUCCGAUCUAUCAGCUCGAUGUCACUAGAGACUUUGCCGUCCCCGUUGUCACUCGGUAUGUUGCUGACUUUCUUGGAUUCGGACAUCUCGUAAAGUCGGAGAAGAACCUGCAUGCGAAGUACUCAGAGAACGAGAUUUACCAGCAUAUCACCAACUGCCAUCUCUACUUUUCGUACAACGCCGACGAGACCAAGCUUCCAAAACGGCGCAAGAUGUUCAAAGACUCAAUGAGCUUCCUCUUCGACCUGACACUCAACGAGGGGAACGUUGCCGAAGUGAAGAAGUUCCGUCUCACACGGGCGCUCCAGAGUGUUGGAUCAUGGCUCUGGAGAUCUGCAGCCGGCGACAACAACAACCCAAUGAGCGAGCUCGGUUUGGAAGUUUCUCAACAGCUCUUGCAACAACAGAAGGGCGACACUGGUAGAGUGGCGGCGAUUUUGUUGCUCCUUGCUCUCGACAGCUCGUAUACCUCGGUUCUUGCCUUCACUUCGGUUCUGGAUUCGUUCAUCAACGGACUAUACACGCUGGCAGCCAAGGAACCAAAUCCUUCAUCAGGAGUUACAGAAAAUAAGAGUUGCAACUGGCGUGAUGUCCAACGUCUCGCGUGUGCCGAGUUUCUUCCGGAUGUGUCGACCAAUACCUUUGACGAUAUCAAGAAGAUCGUCUUGAAAGCGCAACGGGAGAGCAUGAAGCUACCCAUCCUACGCAAGGCGCGCAUAACUUGCGUAGUGAAGGGGAGUGAGCCUGUGUUGACCGUGGAGAAAGAUCAGCUAAUCAUUUGUGACAUUAACCCCGGUGAUCAGGAGUAUAAGGACGAUGUGCCAACCUACCACACCAGCUUCACCGAGAGGUUCACUGAAUACCACCCCAAAAACCUCGCUGAAAACAGUCUGACCGCCAUGAUCAAAGUCCUAGCCCAGCUCAAGGACCUCAGACGAGGCAACGACACCCAAGGCCAUUUGAAGAAAAUCGGACUCGACUCGUCAUACGCGACUUAUACUAACUUCAUGGCACCACAACGUAUCAAACAUAUCAAGACCCAAGUAAGGGCCAAGAUUGCAGAGGCCGACGAAGCCGACGACUUGACGAUGGCCGACAAGCUGAAGGAGACGUACCACCUCGACAGACUGCAAUGCCCUGCAACGGACACGUACAUGACCCCUGAGUGGGACGAGAUGAUUCCCUUCCCAACUACCUGGAAGGUCAGAUUCAACGGCUACGGGGAGUCGACGUAUGGUGGCGAGAAAUUGCCUCUUCUCCAGCCACGGCUGGUGCCGGAUAAUUUCCCCCCCUUCUACGAGCUUCCUGGCGGACCAAGUCGUAUGGGAGGUUCGUUCGGAGAGCCAAUCCACCCAUAUCCCUCGAAGCCUCAGGAGAAGUCGACCAGCAGAGAGGAACAUGGUGAACAUGUUCUGUAUAUGGAUCGCGGCAGUGAUGCGGGUGACUCUGCCAUUGAUAUAGAUGAGGGCUGUCGUAAGGAGAUGCCGAAGGGAGUUACAAAUGGGUGCGGCAUCGGAAUAUGAGCCAGCCCAUCAGGUCAGGAGAGUUAGAUUUGCGUUGUACGGAAUCCAUUGGUGAGCGUUUUGGGCAUGCUUCUCCAGAGAGAUAAAUAGGUAGGGUGAAGUCAGGUCACCUUGUG